AUGUCUGACGAAAAGAAAUUACCUUGGGGCAUAAAUUCAACUAAACCUGGUUCUGCUAAAGCUUUAACUAAAAAUAAGCUUCAAGCAUUUAGCAUUGGAACACAUAAAAAAACACCGUUUCAGAGACAUAAGGAGGAACUUGAAUUAAAGAAGAAGCAAGAGUCUGAGGAAGCUGCAAAAGUUUAUGCAGAAUUUGUUGCUUCAUUUGAAAAAGAUGAUAGUGCAGGAAAAGCUUUUGUUAAAGGAGAAACAAUUGUACCCAAAUUAUUAUUUGACCAUGAAGCUGCUAAUAUUAAAAAAGAAUCAUCUGAGGAUAUGAAUACUAUACCUCUUCCAAAGAUUUAUAAACCACAACCAUUUAUUGCAGCCAUGAAAGUUGAGCCUAAGCCUGAUGCUACAGAACAUUAUAAUGAUAAAGAGGAGGAAGUUAAAGAAGAUAGAAAUAAGAGAAAACGUAAUUUGGAUGCAUUUUUAGAGGAAAUUAAGCGUGAACAAGAAGAGAGAGAAGAUAGAUUAAAGCAAAAACAUGCAAAAUUAGCAGGAGCUGGUGUACCAAAUGAGAUUAGUAGUGGUGAUGAAAAUUUAAAUGCUUCACUUACUGUUAAAGCAGCUUUUGAAGAUCGCCCUGGUUCUCAUGAUACAGGUGAUCCAAAUACAACUAAUUUAUAU